AUGUCUUCCGGUCUCAACGCGAUCCGUCGAAAGAAGAAUGUCAAGAAGGGUAUCCAGUUCUGUUUGAUGGUCUGCGGCGCCAGUGGAACUGGACGCACAACCUUUGUCAACACUCUCUGUAGCAAGAAGGUUCUCGAGCACAAAGAUGCUGAUGAUGCCGAAAACGCACAUGUCGAAGAGGGUGUGCGGAUCAAGCCCGUCACAGUUGAGCUUGAACUUGAUGAGGAGGGCACCCGCAUCUCCCUGACCAUUGUCGACACUCCCGGAUUCGGCGACCAGAUUGACAAUGAGGCCAGCUUCUCCGAAAUUGUCGGAUACUUGGAACGCCAAUACGACGACAUUCUUGCCGAAGAGUCCAGAAUUAAGCGUAACCCCCGAUUCAGGGACAACCGAGUUCACGCUCUGCUCUACUUUAUCACCCCUACCGGACACGGUCUUCGAGAACUUGACAUUGAACUGAUGAAGCGAUUGUCUCCACGUGUCAAUGUCAUCCCCGUCAUCGGCAAGGCUGAUUCCCUCACCCCGGCUGAAUUGGCCGAGUCCAAGAAGCUCGUCAUGGAGGACAUUGAGCACUAUCGCAUCCCCGUUUACAACUUCCCAUACGACAUCGAAGAAGAUGAUGAGGACACCGUUGAAGAGAACGCAGAACUCCGUGGUCUUAUGCCAUUUGCCAUCGUUGGUUCUGAAGAAGUUUUGGAAAUCGGUGGAAAGAAGGUUCGCGCCAGGCAAUACCCCUGGGGUGUUGUCGAGGUCGAGAACCCUCGUCACUCCGAUUUCCUUGCCAUCCGAAGCGCUCUUCUCCACAGCCACCUCGCGGACCUCAAGGAAAUUACUCACGACUUCCUCUACGAAAACUACCGUACCGAGAAGCUCAGCAAGAGCGUGGAUGGUGCCUCUGCUAACCAAGACUCUUCUAUGAACCCCGAAGACCUUGCCUCCCAAUCGGUCCGCCUAAAGGAGGAACAGCUCCGCCGCGAGGAAGAGAAGCUUCGCGAGAUCGAACUCAAAGUCCAACGCGAGAUCAACGAGAAACGCCAGGAGCUUUUGGCUCGCGAAAGCCAGCUCCGAGAAAUCGAGGCCCGCAUGCAACGGGAGACCAGCUCUCAACUGGGCCCGAGCGAGGAACUCAAUGGAGAGGCCUAG